AAUUUGGGAGCUCCUGCUGACGUAAUGGGUAAGGUAACAAUUUCCGACCUGCACAGGGAUAUCGUUUGGAUGUCCACCUACAGUAACAGCAUGAACUUCUCAUCAUGGCUGGCCUUCCACGAGAGCUUAUCAAGUGGAUUCAGUCUCUCAGUCUUUCAGCUUCAAUUAAAAACUACAAACGUGAUUUUGCCAAUGGAUUUCUGAUAGCUGAGAUUCUGAAUAAGUACUAUCCUCACGAACCUUCGCUUCAAAUGCAUGCAUAUGAUACUGGGACCGGGCCUGCUGCGAAAAAGAAUAACUGGGAAAUGCUGGGGAGAGCAUUUGCAAAAUUAGGCAUACCUGUGCCCCGACGGAUGAGCGAAGACGUGUCCCAAGCUAAACCUGAAUCGGUUGGUUUGCUCUUGAUGGUUUUGUAUUCCCAUGUAACAAAAAAGAAAGAGGCAAACUCAGUCUUACCAAGUCUGAAGGCCUCUAAUCCUUAUGGGGUGGAGGCCGAUGAGGUGUCUCAGCCAUCUCUAGGUGAUGGGAGUGGAUUCGCGGUGAUCGAUGCACCGCCAGGACAGAUCCUACCUAGUGGUACACACAUCAAAGAAGGACUUGAAGACCACGAAAGCUUGGGAAAGGUCUCCAUUGUGCGGGUUCUGUUGAAAGCAUUAAGCAUUCACGAUCCAUCACUUACCUUCAACCGGAGCGGAUUUUCUGCGACUCAGAUACGUGACCGUCUUUGUGAACACAUUGAGAGUAUGUCUUCACACGAAGUGCACCGUAUUGAAAGCAUUCUAGUGGGCAAGGAACGGGAGAUCGUCGAGAUUCUGCAGCAUAGCCCUCCUAAUGAUAUAAGUAUGCUUCUCGAUAUUUUGAUAACAUGCAUUGCAGCUUACGAGGCAGUAGACAAGAUAUUUGUUGCUGCAAGUUGCAUCCUCCAGUUUUUUGGGCUCGCCCUUCAACAUGCGUUCUCAUCUCGAGGGGCUGCGUACCAACGCCUGUGCUCCGCGAAAGAAUUUCCGUCCUUAGUCCACCAGCUCUCCAAUCCACAUACGAUCAGUAAAAUACCUCAUAUUGUCGCAAUAUUCCACCAAUAUAUGGGAACAAAUUUACGGGAUGAAGAGAGAGUUCGAUUCUGGCUGGAAAUAAAGGCGGCGAUGAGCCGAGACACUCUGCCAACUUCUACGAUAACAAUUGGAGGAAUCCCCAGCACCAACCAAUCCGUUCCCUCUACGUGCAAUCCGUUCAUAUUCAUUUUGGCCGCUUUAAGCUUCUUGCCAAACUUGCGGGAAUUGCACGGUCCAAACCGUCAACUCACCACUCUUCACCUCAGCGAGUGCCUCACUGUUAUAAACACCCACAGACGAAGUUUGCAAGCUCCAAUGCUUAACCCUACCAUGCCGGCUGAACUUCCUGCAGCUGUACUUAUCCUGGCGUUUUUAGUCAGAGAAGUUGGUGUUGCUUUGGAUGAGCCGCUUCUUGGGGACGUAAUGGAAUGCAUUGGGAAAGCUGUUAUGGGUAGGCGGUGCUCAUCAGCUGUGCAAAAAGCCUUUGUGGCCUUUGUAGCGGCUGGCGCAAAGGCCGCGGCCCACCGAGGCAACGAUGAAGAGACAGGCUUGGAAAAGGAGACGAUGGUAAAAGCGGCUGCGGGUGUCUUGAAAUGGUUCAUGGGUGAUUCGUUGCGAGUUGCCAUUAUCCUUUCGGCUCCGUUGCUCCGCAGUUAUCCGACACUUUGUACCUCGUUUGUCCGUGGGCUGUUAAGUUUACCAGAUAGCCAACGUGUGUGGCUAUUGGACCUUGAUACCUCACGGAGCGGCGAAGACUCUGCAACGACACAUAUUAGCUGGGAUUUACCAUUCCUUCUCCCUCAACGGACAGAGGGCGUUUGUCAGACGUGGUGGCCGCUGGGUGUUAGUAUGGGAGUGGCCAAACUGGUCAAAAAUAGUCAUGCGCCCCUUCCGCUGGCAUAUAUCCAUAUCUUGCAAGCAAUCACAAAACCCACCAAUCCACAUGAAGAAUCAGUGGACCAUUGGAGCACGCUGAUGGAAUAUGUCGGUAACCCCCUGGUGGCCUCUCUUGCUGAAAAUACCACAACCGAAGCCGCCUGUUUUCUUUUGAACAAUUUCAGAAUCCUAUGUCCAGGUGGCCUGGUGAAGUACCUUCCAGCGGUGAUGGCAACCUUGAUUCAUGUCUAUCUCACCGGACGUGGCCGUUGUCAAAACGCGAUCAUACAGCUUCUAACGCACUGGGCAGGGAAAAGAAGCACUCAUUCUAAUUCCGCUGCGAGCGUGUCUGAAAAGCUGACUUCUGAUUCAAGAAGAAUUUUGAAUAUCGUUGAGCUUGAGCUUUUCAAUGGGCAGAAGCUGGAUGCAUCGGCUGCUGUACCGCUGCCUGUCUAGACAAAUGCCACGGCUUAAUGACUUGAUUGUUACUGAACAAGUCAUUAUAAUCAUCCCUAUUUCUGUAAUAUGCCACAUAUUCUUAAUCCGAUAUGAAUUAACGAAGUCUUCUCGCAAAUCGCAAUGUAAACAAAGCGGAUCGGUGAUCAUGUACGA